AUGGACGAGUUCCAGAUGGCCAAUGAGGGUCCAUGGAAGCCAGCUGUAGUGAACCCCGAACUAGUUCACUGGGCGCCUCCACCACUGGGACAGUACAAGGUAAACUCUGAUGGGGCUGUGUUUGCGAACCAGAGGAAGGUGGGGUUGGGCGUGAUGAUCCGUGAUAGCAAUGGGAAUGUGAUUGUUGCUCUAAGCAGCCCCAUGGUGGCUCACUUUGGCGCCCUUGAGACGGAAGCCAAAGCAAUGGAGGUUGGCAUGCGCUUCGCACUUGACUUAGACAUCCGAGAUGUGGUGGUUGAGUGUGAUGCGCUGGCUGUCUUCAAUGCUGUCCAAGGUUUAGCAACACCAAGCUCUUCGAUCCUGUUCAUCGUGGAUAGCAUCCUCCAGCAAUCACGUUGGUUCAGGUCAUGUUGUUUCUCCCAUACAAAAAGGCAGGGAAAUGUCCCUGCCCACAUGUUAGCACAAUAUUCUAAGUCACUAGUUAGUUAUGUUGCUUGGGUAGAAUCCUGCCCGAGCCAUAUUGAGCGGGCCUGUGCUCAGGAUAUUGAUGUAGCAACUAUUUCUUAA